AGAAAUGUAGUUCACACUCAAUAUUUUGAUGUCAACAGACGUUACAGUGCCAUUCGUUUUCAUUGCAACCUCGUUUGAAUGUAGUGGUUACGCAAAUGUGUACCGAAUGGGGUUUAGUCACAGUUAGAUAAUGUAACGCUACCAACGGCGUCAGCUAGCUAGAUCUGCCAUUGACAGUAAAACUGAACUCGAGAUAGCUAGCUAACGUCACUCGUCUAUAAUCUAGUUAUGGAAUCAAUAAAACGUAGUAACGUUAGCCAGCUAGCGAUGUAGUUAAAACUGUAUCGCACGGUUGUCAUUGUUAGACCAUGUUGCGGAGCCUUCGGUGGGCAAGCGGUCAUUUGAUUGAUGAAGAGUUGGCCAGCGAUCUAAUUGCUGUUGCAGGCAGAGGAGUUCCUACAAGAGACAAAGGACAUCCAACAACGGGAACUUUACCAAGAUGGAAAGUUGUUACAUUUGUACAGCAUGAGUGGCAAAGGCUGAGAUUGUAUAAUUUUACUUGUCCUGUGUUAAGUCUCCCGUGUCAAGUCUGGGGUUGUGUGCGCACCUCUAUCUAGCAAAGUCAAUCAAUCAAUAAAUACAAAUUUGGUUGGCCUAGCUAAUGCUGUUCCUAAAUUCUAUAUGGUGCUCUUAUAGUAUUUUAAUCUAAAAAUAUUUUUAGGAGUGUAUGCUGUUUCACCUGUUUUGUGAUUGUCUCCACCCCCCUCCAGGUGUUGCCCAUCUUCCCCAUUAUCCCCUGUGUAUUUAUACCUGUGUUCUCUGUUUGUCUGUUGCCAGUUUGUUUUGUUUGGUCAAGCCUACCAGUGGUUUCCCUCUGGUCCUGUCUCUCGGCUGUUCCUUUUUUCUAGUUUUCCCGGUUUUUACCUUUUCUGCCUGCCCUGGGCCUGCCUGCCAUCUUGUACCUUUUCCCCACCUAUCUGGAUUACUGACCCCUGCCUGCCCUUGACCUGUCUUUUGCCUGCCAGUGAGUUCUGAUCAGUCUGAUUCUCUGUGCUCUGAGUUGGAGCUUGAGGUAGGCUAUACAUUAAACAACUGUUGAAAAGUAAAUAUCUCCCAUUUAUAAAACUUCACUAAUCCAUCAAAUGUUCUCACAGGUGCCUUGUGUUUGAUUACAUACAUAGAUGAACUAAAAACACUAGCACUGCAAACACUCAGAACAAAGAGAGCAGCAGUGCCUGGACUUUGCAGUCUCCCUCUUUGAGUCCCCCUUGAGAGACAGGCAGAACCUCUCGAGUCCACACACAAUAAUUCAGUAUUUCAGUCUAUGAUUGUCAUGUGAGUGUACCUGGGUGAUUCUGCAACUACGGAGCUUCUAUGUCCUCAGGGUCAAUUUUGGGGAUUUAUUUUUUUAAAACAUGUUUUUAUUCUUUAUAUGUUAAUGACGUGAUGUAACUGACAUUUGUUUAUAGCUGUUUUAGAAAAAUGACAAAAAGAUAUACAUUCCUGAAUAGUACGAUCGCAGCCAUUAUCAGAUAUUAUUUCUAGACAAAUCAAACACAAUUAUAAUACUGGUAAAAAUGGUGUUUCAUUUUUUUAUUUUUUUUUAUCUGAAAGCUUUUAAGGGCCAAAGUGCCCGAAGUUGCAGAAUCACCUCCCAGAAUCGAAGGUUGAUUUUCACAGCUGUUGCACAAGGUGUUCAUUGUUGUAAAUGGUAAGGUAUCCCUUUACGGUAUUCGUUAGUUCAACAUGAUUCAUUAUUGUGUCCUAGGACCUACAAUAGAUGCAUAUAUUCAACCACAAGGGUGUACUAAUGAGCUAUGCGAGAUAGAAAAAAGUAUCAUAAGAGAACUACUGAAAGUAAUAUUAUUUCAGUGUAGAUAAGGGAACGAGAGGUCAAAUUAAAAACAUGCCAGCCAGACAAGCCAGUCUAUGAAUCAAACGCAUUUGCAUAUGAAUUAAGUAGAAAUGAGCUGACUUUGUGAUCUGUAAGAAAGCUAAUAGUUGAUCGAACCCCAUUGUGAUUUGGAGGGACACUUUUUGCCAUGACACCACCAUUGAUUUGGUUAGUCACUCUUACGCGAACAUAUUUUCACUUAUGCUCUCCAAGGGCCGGCGCUGUUUGAAGGUGUGGGUAUUGAUGUGGAUAUGCAGACCUGCGAGCAACUGCGGUCCCUCAUGAGUUCGGCUUUUUUUGUGGCCCUCACCACGGUCAAAAUUGUUCAUCUCUGACAUAAAGGAUAGAUUAAUUGGAUUUAGUUGGCAUAUCGUUUGAAUCACACCGGGAUGCACCACCAUGAGAAAUUGCAUGUUUGUGCACUACCAGUAUCCUUCCUCAUUCUAUUAUAAAUAUCCCACUCUAUUUUGCAUUAAACAAUGAAAUAUACUAUUCUAUUUUCUGAAAUAUACUUAGUGCAAGUAGCUAUAUUUUUAAAGUACAAUAAUCGAUCCCAUUGUGCGUAAAAAACCGGACAUGAGGAAGGGUCUUAUUUUUUAUAUCAGGAUAUUCACACUCGGGUCAUUGCACUUUGCGGCUAUUAUAAAACAGUAGUUUGCAAAAUAUCGUUGAUGGAAUGAACCGUCAUCUGAAGUUUCUACAUGGCUACUGCCGGCACAACACUGCCUCUGGGGGUUUCCCAAGCAGUGAUGUAAGGGGAUUUCCACCCAACCGAACAGCCAGUCAAAUCCAUCCAACAAGUGCGGAACUAAACGCACACUCGAACAGGGCGCUUGUGAGGCGACUCAUUUUAGCCAUAACAUAUGCACUAGCUCAUCGCAUGCAGGAGAUGUAGAAUUUGUAUGCUUUUUAACAACGAAAGGCCAAUUGAACCAUAUCGAAGUACGAGAGCGAAGAGAGGACAAUAUUUGAUUGCAGUAGCCUACCAUGGCCACGAAAUGAUCGGUUAGGGGAAAUAGGGCGGAAUUGUGUUUGUGUCUGUUUUUUAUUUUUAUACUCGAACAAGGUUUUCAGCUCCAGGACAAACGUCGUAAAGUGCCAUGAGAAACAUGAGUGUUCAAAACUGCACUGCAACAAAUGACUUGGACAUCAUUCAGGAGGUGAUCUCUGCAGACCGAGAGUUUCCCUGUCAGGCCCAGUCUCGUUUCUGCCUCCCCAGACCUCCUCAUCCCCCCGUAGACUCUGACCGCCAGGCCCAGAACCACAGGGCCAUGCCCAGGCAGAUCCCCUCCUCAACGCCCCCAGUACUGGUGCCAAGGGGCACGACCUCCAGGCCGCCCUGCUUCUUCCCUCAGCCCCAGCACCCCUCUAGCACCAGAGAUAUGGCAGCACCUCACCCCACUCGUGGGGUCUCUCACUCGGGCUCAAACCGACGAGGACGGGGGUCCUCUGGUUCAGGGACUUCCAGGGGGCCAGAUAGUCCCUCUCGACAGGCCCAGACAGACACAGAUCUGCUGGAGCAGAUCCUGGAGAGGCCCACCCUGGCUGUGGUGGAGCAGCCCAAAGAGAGAGGCAUGAGAUUCCGUUAUGAGUGUGAGGGCCGCUCGGCCGGGAGCAUCCUAGGGGCCUCCAGUGGAGACUCCACCAAGACCCUGCCUGCUAUAGAGCUCCAGGGUCCCAUUCAGAACAUAAAAAAAGUGACGGUCACUGUUUCCCUGGUGACCAAAGACUACCCGUACCGCCCACACCCCCACUGCCUUGUGGGUAAAGACUGUGCUGACGGUACCGGAAUCUGUGUCAUCUGCUUAAACCCUCACAGCAACCGACGUCACAGCUUUGCUAACCUGGGCAUCCAGUGUGUCAGGCGGAAGGAGCUGGAUGCCUCACUCGAGAAGAGACGGAAUCAGAAGAUCGACCCCUUUAAAACGGGCCACUCUAAAAGCAUCGAGGACAUGGACAUGAACGUGGUGCGGCUGUGUUUCCAGUGUGAGCUGGAGUGGGAGGAUGGAAAUAAGGACUUCCUGAACCCCAUAGUGUCCAACCCCGUCUAUGACAAGAAGGCGACCACAACAUCUGAGUUGAAGAUCAACCGUCUGAACGUUGUUAAAGGGCCAUGCACCGGCAAGACUGAGGUCUACAUGCUCUGCGACAAAGUCCAGAAAGACGACAUAGAGAUCAUCUUCAAGAGGGGGUCUUGGGAGGCCAAGGCGGAGUUUGCCCAGACGGACGUCCACCGGCAGAUCGCUAUCGUGUUCAAGACCCCGUCCUACCAGGAACAGGACGUGGGGGAGGAAGUGGAAGUAAAUGUCCUCCUGCGUCGUCUCUCGGACCACAUGGACAGUGACCCCGUCACGUUUACCUACCAGCCCGACAACACAGAUCCAUAUGAAGUGAAGCGGAAGAGGAAGAUAAAGUCGGACAUCGGCUUCACAGAGAGGUCCUGUGUGGCAGUUCAAAAUGUGGCUGCAGCAGGAGCCUCCACCUCUCAGCCAUUCGAGCCGUUCACCUUCCCCCCAGCAGAGAGCCAGCUGGUCCCAGAAGAGUUGCAUCCUCCUGCCCAGUCUGGGGCCUCCACCAUGGGGGAGAUCCACUACAAUGACCUCCAGGAAGACAACUUCUUCAAUGAGGACAUGAGCCCAGACGACAUCAGUAUGCUCUCUCGAAUUCUGUUCAGUGACCCUGCCCUCCUUGGCUUUGGCCAGGAGCACAACUCCAACUUCACCCCAGGCGUCAUGGACAUGAACUUUAACUUCAACCAGGGUGGGUCUGGGCAGGACUUGGGCUACUAUAACGACCUGCAGUUCAACCAGCUGGUCAACGAGAAUCAGGCCUCUCCGAUGGACCUCCUCCCAAUGUUACUCCGCGGCUCCGCCCCUCAGGACCAGGGCCAGUGUGAUAACGAGGGGUGUGAUUUGGUCCAGGUAAAGACAGAGGGGGACCUAUGAGGACAAAACGUAACCCCUUAAGACUGAAUGUGGCGCGAAUGUAGCCCCUGAACGUUAAGGGGCUUUUGUUGUGUUGCUCCUCAAACCAGAAGUGUAGGGUGUGUAAAGUCCUAACUCUGCCCUGUGACAGUCAUCUCACCCAAAUAAAGUACAGUAUGAGAGUUUGACCACACACAGGUAAUAGCAGUAGCGGAAGCACCUUGUACCUUAACGUUGUGGUUACCCCUUGCCCCCAAAGGCCUCGCUGGAUGAGGCUAUAAUCCAGACCCCUGCCCCCCCUUCCCACACACGACCACUACCAGACCCUAAAAGGAUACGUUUCAAAAUGUCUGCCCGGACCCAAGUCUCUGAGUGUACUGUGCUGCCUUCACCAUGCUGCUAACGUUAGCCUAAGGCUAAUAGCUGUGAUCAGCAUAGCACUCACGGAAGACAUGUAGCUUUAGCUCCUCCGGGGGACCAGAGUGAUACUGGUGGAGGCGAGUCGCCCUUCCACUAGGCUAACCAUGGGUGUUAAGAACGAUUCCUACCUACCCAUUGUCAUUACUACCUGUGGUGACCAAAUACAAAACGGACACACAAACUCAACCCUUGUCUGCCAUGUCAGUUUUCCUUGUCAGGCUCCGUCCUUAUUGUGUAUAUAUUGUGACUGAGGCAGACUACCACCAGGACCUGCAGGAGAUCCCUGAUUUUGAGGGUUCAACUGAAGGAAAGCACAACAAAAGGGCUCGAUUCAAUCCGUAUUGUGGAUGUUCAGCGCUAUUUACAUUUCAAGGUCAUUUCCAAUUGAGCCGACACAUGCACCAUUUACCAGGAAUGCAGUCUCUGCGAAUGCGGCAUACUUUGCCGUUACAUUUUCAUCGCACUGUAGCAAGGAUCUUCAGCACGACACAUUGAAUCGAGCCCUAAGCAUUUAAUUGUUGGCGCAAGAUAACCUGAAAACUAACCCUCUGUGGAGAAAUUGUUAAAUACAAAGGGACCAACCACAAAUGCUGUUUUAUUUUUCACUUUCCAUAUGUGAUAUAUUCUUUGUAUAGUCAAAGUUGUAUCGUCAAAAGUUCCUUUCUUUUGACUGGUAUCUGUAGUUUUUGAAUGUUGACAUUAGUUUUAACCUCUGGCUCACCUGUUGACUCUGUUCAUUGUAAUAACCAAUCUCCAUGUACAGUAGAAACGACCAUAGUCCAAUGCGCUGUCCAUCUGUUCCUAGUGUUUAGAUUAUGUUCUGUGUAUGUUCAGAUUCACAGCUUCAUUGUACACUGUAUGCCAGACUCCACCCUUCACCCUGUAGUGUUUUGAUUAUUGUCAUUUAGUAUUUCAAAAAAUAAAAUGAUUCCAAGUCUU